AUGUCGGCUGAUCAAUCGAGAACAUUGAAGGAGGAUGAGGCUAGGAGAGAAGAAGCCAGAAAGGCUGAAGAGGACAGGAUAGCGGCGGAAAAGGAGUUCCUGGAAAAACACGAGAAGGAGAGGAGGUUGAGUAGCUCCAGGGGGUCCGCGUCUGCGUUGGGAGGAGGCUAUCGAUCGGGGACCAGCAGUAUGGCGGAGUCGGAGUCCGAGGCGGAGAAGCAAAAGAAGAGGAAUAGAAGCCCUGAGGAAAAGGAGAAAGAGAAAAGGAGGAAAGCCAGGAAGACUGAGGAUUUGGAAUCGGAUGAGGAAGAAAAGGUCGAGGAUGAAGACGACCCGUUAGUUUGCUUGAGCUUGGUAAUGGAUAAGAUGAAGGGAUGGUUCAAACAGCCAACCAUCAUGAAAAUGGUGACAAAGCCUCAGACAGAGAAGUUUGGAAGGUACUUGAACCGGUUCCAGGAAGAGCUGAUUAGGGCAAGAGAGGAUAGAGUCCGGAUUGAAACGAGGUUGGAAGAACGAAGAGAGUUUUUAAAGAUCGUGAGCUCCACCGUGCGACAUGAAAUGGACAAUCUGAAGGACAAGGUUGUUCCAGGCGCGGCUGGAGUGAGCUACUCAGCAGUGCUGAAGAAAGAUACCCCAAUGGUUCCAAGGGUAACUGGAAUGAAAGGACCCGUAGUCCAGGCACCGAAACAAAUUAUAGUGCGGCAUGACACCUUGGAGACUGAAGAAGUGACUAAAACCUUGAAAAAGUUAGUACGGCCUUCUGAAAUCGGCUUGAAAGUAAAGAGGCUAAUAAAUAUCAAGAAUGGUGUGAUUAUUGAAGCAGAAAAUGAGGAUGGAGUGCAAAAUCUCAUGAAGCAAGAGACGUUGAAAGAGGCAGGGUUGAAAGUAGAGCGUCCGGAGAAGAAAAAACCUUUCAUCAUGAUUUACGAUGUUAGUGCUAAACUGACGGAAGAUGAGGUCAAGGAGGAGAUUUUCUCCCGAAACAUGGGGGAGAGCCAAAUUGUUGAGGCGGAUUUCAAGCAGGAGUUUGCUGUAAGACAUAGGUAUAAGGAUUUAAGAUCGACAGGGAAAAGGUGUCAUGUUGUGGUGGAAUGUUCUGUACGGGUGAAGAACUGGCUUAGAAGGAAAGAGCGGAUCUUCGUAGAAUGGCAAAGUUGUCGGGUGAAAGACUAUGUGGAUGUUGCUAGGUGUUUUAAGUGUCAGAAGUUUGGACAUGUGGCAAAGCACUGUAAGAGUGAAACCCCUGCUUGCUCCCACUGUGCUGGGGAGCACGACUAUAAGGACUGCCCCAACAAGGGUAAGAAGGAAAAGGUUAGAUGUAUAAACUGCGUAAGAGAUAAGAAGGAAAAUAGCAAGCAUGAAGCUCGGUCAAGGAAGUGUCCGGCCUAUGAGAAGGCAGUCAGACGGCAAAAUGAAAAAAUAGAUUAUGGAUUGUAUAAUUGGGCAAUGGAAUCUAGGGAGAGGUAA